CUUGUGUUCCCUGAGUAUUGAUUGCCGGUCAAUUUAGUACUCGUUGAAAUUACGUAUAUCGUUAUCGUUUGCGAUCCUUAUCGCUCAACUAAUAAUAGGGGAAGUCCUCAUAGAACGGACCAAAAAAAAAGUGGCACAGGCGCCCUCCAGUACUGUUGUAGUUGACCGCUUCUCCAUACGGCUUCUCGCCCCUCACCCCUUAAUAAACGUCCAUGAUGGGUUCGACAUCUGAGCCAAACGGUUGUCCUCUCACAGCGCUGCGCUACAUUGCACAGUCAUACAAUCAUGCCGACUCGGAAGCGUCUGCGCUGAGGUUGGUGUUGACCUUAAACCCUCACUGGGAUGGUCCGGACAACAACAUCGAGUUCGUGCGCUUCACGGACGGUAUCACUAAUACUCUUCUCAAAAUUAUAAAUCGCAAGCCUGGCUUGACCGAAGAACAAAUAGACAACGAAGCUGUACUGAUGAGAGCGUACGGUAAUCACACAGAGAUUCUUAUAGACCGCGAAAGAGAAAUGAAGUCCCACGCCCUACUUGCCCGCUACGGCCUAGCCCCGUCACUUUUGGCUCGCUUCCAGAACGGCCUGCUCUACAGGUUCAUUCGUGGACGGCCCGCCACUCAUGAAGAUCUGGUGACGCCGUCCAUUUGGCGUGGCGUUGCUAGACGGCUUGGACAAUGGCAUGCGGUCCUUCCCGUUCGUGGAGCUGCUGCCCCUGUCCAGUCUGAAGUGGAAAAUGCUUUUCUGAACUCAGUAGAUGUCCAUCCGUCCAAGCAGGACAUUGACUUCCCUCUGAUCAAGCCAAGACAAUCGGGGCCCAACAUGUGGGCGGUUCUCCAGAAAUGGAUCCUUGCCCUACCUUCUGCGACGGACGAGCAGCGCAAGCGCAGACUCGGCCUUCAGAAAGAGCUUGAAUGGGCUGUCAAUGAACUGGACGACGGUAAGGGCAUCGGCGAAGACGGGUUGGUGUUUGCCCACUGCGACCUUCUCUGCGCCAAUGUCAUAGCUGUACCAUCCGCAGAUACUCCUGUCACAUCUGCGGGUGAGCCCACAGCGACUGUGCAGUUUAUCGACUAUGAAUAUGCCACUCCAUCCCCAGCUGCGUUCGACAUCGCCAACCAUUUCGCUGAAUGGGGUGGCUAUGACUGUGACUACAACAUGAUGCCCACAUGUGCCGUUCGGCGCCAGUUCUUGACGGAGUAUGUCAGGAGCUACACCCAGCACAAAGGCCUCCCUAAGUUGUCUCAGAAGGAGAUCAUCGAUCGACUCUAUGAGGAUGUUGAUCGCUUCCGCGGCAUCCCCGGAUUAUACUGGGGUAUCUGGGCCCUCAUCCAAGCCCAAAUCUCGCAAAUCGACUUCGAUUAUGCAUCAUAUGCCGAAACCCGCCUCGGCGAAUACUAUGCCUGGCGUCGAGAGCUCGACGGCAGCCGCGCCCAAGCCGGCGAAGAAAUGCCCCUCCGUGAGCGUCGAUGGGCUCAAGAAGUUUAA